AUGUACAGCACUCCGACCCCAAUCUUUCCUGACAAUCAGGGAACGAUCGCAUUGGCAUCCAACCGUCAAUACCGUGCCCGCUCUCGUCACACUCAGGUCCGCAAUCAUUUCACCCAUCAGGCAGUCGAUUCCGGCAAUGGCAAAUCUAUCUACUUCUCGGCUUCCAAACAGGCCGCGGACGGCUUCACUAUAUAUAACCACUAUCAGUCGAUGGGCCAAGAGCAAGUCGGUUAUGAAUACUGA